AUGAGCAUUGAGCAGAGGGAAUUGGGGGAGGGCAGAAGUGGGAGGAAUCCCUCCCUUGGACACCCAGCAUGGGAGGGGCUCAGCCCCCUGACCUCCCUCGCCUCGCUUCCCCUGCAGGUGGGCCUUAACAUUCUCAUCCAGCGAGCCAACCACUUCACGCCAGCCACCCGGAUCCUGAUCCAGAGAUUUGUGCCAUUUCCUGCCGUAGCAAGUGCCAACAUUUGCAACGUGGUCCUGAUGAGACACACAGAACUGGAGGAAGGGAUCGACGUCCUGGAUGGGGAAGGGAACGUCGUUGGAUCGUCCCGGAUCGCUGCCAGACAUGCCCUGCUGGAGACGGCGCUCACCAGAGUGGUCCUGCCGAUGCCGAUCCUGGUUCUGCCUCCCAUCAUCAUGUCCCUCCUGGAGAAGACGGCUUUUCUGCGCUCCCGACCUCGGCUGUUUCUCCCAGUCCAAAGCCUCGUGUGCCUUGCCGCCUUCGGCCUUGCCUUGCCUUUGGCCAUCAGCCUCUUCCCCCAGAUGUCCGAGAUCGAGACCGCCCGCUUGGAGCCGGACAUCGCUCAGGCCACCGCCAGCCUGACCGUCACCUACAACAAAGGGCUGUAAAGCCGAAGCCAGCCCAGCCCUCAGCACCCAAGACGGUGGCAGCGGCAGCAGCAGCAGCAGCGGCGGCGGCACAGAGAGGCGUGAAGGGAGGAGGGGGGCUGGUGGGGAGGGGGGCGGAAUACAAUAGGAAGGAGAAGACGAGGAAGCUGUGGCUUGUAACAUCUUCCCUCCGUCAAGAACGGAGUGUAAAUUAGCACUUUCCCGAGACCCGGUAUCUCACGUUGGUCGAAAAGAUUAAUAUUUAAAGUUCUCAAUUAGCGACAGUAACAGCACAAAGAGAAGAGGGGGGGGGGGGGGAGGAAGGAGGGAGGCGGGGGUGGGUGGGGGGGGGGGGGGGGGGGCUGUUGGAAAGUCUGACUUCCUCUGGCUCUGCUGAGCUCCAGGCCAGCCUGGCAACCCACCCCUCCACCCCCAACCAGAUGUUUGGGGGUGCAGCUUUCAGGAUCCCAGGCACCCAUGGCCAAGCAGGGAGGUGCAGUCCCAGAUAGUUUGGGGACGGGGGGGGGGGGGGAGCAACUGCAGAACUAUGGGGAGGGGGACCGCCCUGCUCCUCCUUUCAGGCUGGAGGGCCAAGCUGCAACUCUUUUGAGUAGGCGGCUUUUCAGUCCUGGCUGGAGCUGUGAGGGUCACUUUGAUCGUAAGCCCUUCUCAGGGCUUCCUUGCUCCUCCCCAGGACCCCUCCCCCUUUUCCCUGAGCAGAGCCGCCUCCUGCAGCCCUCAGGAGGUGGGGCAUUGAACCCAGGAGCUCUUGGAGGGGCAGCUGGGGUCGUCCUUUCUGUGUUGUGGGGACAGGGUUUUUUUUGGCUUUUAGACUCCCAUGGAGGGAGGGAACCUCCCUGCAGUGGCCCUCCCCACGGGCCCUUCAAACCCAGGGCAGAGGAGGGCCUCUUUUUAUGGGGCCAGCCGUGGGACGGAGGCCAGGCCAGGGCUCUUCCCUUCCCACUGCACUCCACACACACCACCCGGGAGGGCCUUGGGGCAGGGACAUAAGGGGGUGGGGAGGCAGCCAUACUGGGUGGGUGGGGGGCAGAAUAUGGGGCAGCAACAGCAAUCAGCCCUAGAGCCUUAGAGGUUGGGGGCCACAAAGAGGCUGGUUCUAGCCCACUGAAAAUAGGCAGCCUGCUCACACACCCCCAACCCCUGAAAUACUUUUUCUGGCUCCCUCCUGAAAGGCCCCCCCCCGCCCCCCCGCGUAUUAUGGCUCUUGCAGGUUCUCCACAGGCAGUGCUGGUUGCAGCUCUGGGAGCGCUUCAGAGAGGGGGUUUCUCUGAUCGACCCCUUCUUUUGGAGAGGGGGGGGUGGGGGCUGAGCUUUGCCUGCUGUUUUAAUUCUCACAGGACUGGCCAGCACUUCCUGCCUUCGUGGGAGUGGAUGUGGCACAUUGGUGUCUGAGACCAACUGCCAAAGGCUGUAGGUUGGUAGAUUAGGAAAGAAAGAAAAGGAAGAGAAAGAAAAGGAAGGAAGGAAGGAAGGAAG